UGCAGAUUGUUAUAAUCAUAAUAAUUUUGCAUUAAAAAAAAUAUUUCUUGAAUCAGCUGUGUUCGUUCAAUGCUGGAUUGCUGGACGAGUAAUUAUCAAAAAAAAAAAACAAUUAUUAUUACUAUAAAUAUUGCUGAUUGUUGUAUCAGUAAAAUAAAAAAUAUAAACUAGCAAUUUAAUGAUAAAAAAUAAUGUCAACAAGAUAUUUAAGAAAAGUUUAUGGCAAUGAUUUGCCAGUGGAAAAUCAUCAAGAUGAUGACACAAGUGAUAAUGACGUAUCAAUAACAGAAAAAAAAACAAAAAAUUUCAACGUAUUUGAUUUGCUCAAUGAUGAUUCUGAUACCGAAAAACAAGAAGAAAACAACGAGGUUAACGUACCAUCUGUUAGCCAUCAAGAAUCAUCCGAAGAUGAAACAAUAAAACGUAAAAAAAAGCGUAAAAAGAAGAGAAAAAAUGAUAAACAAGUACAAAAAGUAUCAUCAGACAUUGAUGAUAAUGAUGAUGAAGAAAUUGAUGAAAUUGAACGUAGUGUACGUGAAGUUAAUCGUCUUCUUGGUGAGCCAGUUCCAUGUUCAAGUAAAACAUCGUCAAAUGACACAUCAAAUAUAUCAUUAAAAUAUAAAGUAUUAAGUGUCCAACAUAAAUAUUUAAAUCCUCAAAAUGAACUAAACAGAAUAUGUGGAAGUAAAAACAACCAAAGUAAACAACGUGGUAAUAAUGGAAGAACAAAUUUCCGCAAGACAUGGUUAACAAGUCAAUCUGAUUGGAUAUCAACUGGUAAAUCUGGUUUAUCAAUGUCAGUUGAUAAAAGUAUGACAAAUUCAAAUGACAAUAUACAAUAUUUUAUAUUUAAUCACAGUACAAGUUAUCAAAAAAUACAAAAAAAAUUUUACACAGCUGUUGAGAGUCAAUCACCAGAUAAUAUUGUAAAUAUUCUCAACACAUAUCCUCAUCAUGUUGAUGCAUUAUUACAAUUAUCUGAUGUAUGUAAAUUAAAUGAAGACUUACAAAUGUCUGCUGAGUUUGUUGAACGUGCUGUUCAUUGUUUAGAAUGUGCAUUUCAUCCGUUAUUUAAUUUAACAAAUGGAAAUUGUCGUUUAAAUUAUAAACAACAAACAAAUCGUGCAUUAUUUAUAGCAUUAUUUCGUUAUUUAAUGUUCAUUGGUGGACGUGCAUGUUACAGAACUAGUCUUGAAUUAUCAAAAGUAUUGUUAUCACUUGAUCCAGAUGAUGAUCCAACAGCAAUUGUUCUUGCAAUUGAUCUUUAUGCAUUAAGAUCAAAAGAAUAUAAUUGGUUUAUUGAAUUUUUUAAUGCCUGGAAUGAUGAAAGAAAUUUAAUUCAAUUACCAAAUAUUGCAUAUAGCAUUGCACUUUGUUAUUUUAAUAUUAAUGAUAUUGAUAAAGCUGAUGAAUUAUUACAAAAUGCAUUGUUUAUGUUUCCUGGUGUAUUGACUGAUUUACUUGAUAAAUGUGGUGUGUCAACAGACACACGUCUUCUUGGUCAUGAUUAUUUUAAUUCAAAAGCUAAAUCAACAACAACACCAGCAUUGGAAAAAAUUGAGAGUCUUUAUGUCAUACGUACGUUUCAUUUGUGGAAAGAAAAUAAUGUAUUGCCAUGGAUUGAAAAAAAUGUACAUAUUGUUAUGGAUAAAAUUGAUAAUGGUGAUAAAUAUGCUGAUUUUUGUUGUGAAAAAAGAAUGCAGAGAUAUCAAGGACAACUUCCUAAAAAUAUAUUGAGGCAUAUUGUACUUUCUGAUAUUAAAGAGAUAACUAUUUUACAACCUGGAAUGCAACAAAAUUCUACAUUCUUUUCGUAUGAUCCAUUACCACCGAGCGACUCGAUUAAUAUCUAUCAAAAUUUACAAACAACAGCUACAACAACAGCAGCAGGAGCAGAACCAUCAAGUCAUUCUGGUUUACUUCAAUUAUUUGUCUCAUCAUUGUUUUCUGAUCUUGAUGGACAAUUAAAUAUCAAUGGUCUUAAUAUUCGACAUGCAGAAGAAUCUGAUGAUGCUCCAGAUGAAUUUGAUUAAACAACAGCUUUUAUUUAUUUUUAUUUUUUCUUUUUUUAUUUUUUAAAUGCCUUAUUGAUCAUGAAUUUAAAUAGUUAAAUAAUUUUCAAUCAAUCAUGUUAAAUUGAUAAUUGAAAAUACUAUUGUAUUGUUAUCUUGUAAAUAAAAAUUUACAGUAAUAUUGAAUGAAAUAAAUUAAUAAAUAAAUGAAUAAU